AUGAAUGGUGUAAAUCCUGGUCUGAGGGCCGGAGAAGACGAGAUGAGAUAUCUCGGCUCCAACAUUGAGGCAGGAAAAAAGAGAGCUACUCUGGAGAAGCCCAUAUUGUCUCUACACCCACCCUGGACCACAAUCUUCAAGGGGGAGCGGGUAACCUUGAGGUGUGAUGGUUACCACCCUCUGCUCCUGGAACUCCGGCCCAUCAGCACUCUCUGGUAUUUGGGCCACCUACUCCUGCCCUCUCACAAGAAGAGCAUUGAGGUGCAGACACCAGGCGUGUAUAGAUGCCAGACACGGGGCGCCCCUGUCAGUGACCCCAUUCACCUUUCUGUAUCCAAUGACUGGCUGAUUCUGCAAGUGCCCUUUGCUGCGGUGUUCGAGGGCGAGCCGUUGGUCCUGCGCUGCCGUGGUUGGUAUGACAAAGUCGUCUACAAACUUUACUACUACCACGAUGGCCAACCCGUGCGCUACUUCCACUCCAGCGCCAACUAUACCGUGCCUCAGGCGCGCGCCAGCGAUAGUGGGCCCUACCAGUGCUCUGGGACCAUGCGCAUCCCUGUGGAGAGCACGCCCAUGUUCUCCGCCAAGGUGGCUGUGACCGUGCAAGAGCUAUUCCAGACGCCAGUGCUGAGGGUAACGGGCCAGACGGAGGCUCGCGGCGCGGCCCUAGGCGGGGUGAUGCUGCGCUGCGAGACGCUCUUGCACCCGCAGAAGCGCGACACGCCGCUACAGUUCGCCUUCUACAAGUACAGUCGCUCCGUGCGUCGCUUUGACUGGGGCGCCGAGUACACCGUCCCAGAGCCCGAGGUCGGGGAGCUGGAAUCUUACUGGUGCGAGGCAGCUACUGCCACCCGCAGCGUCCGGAAACGCAGCCCGUGGCUGCAGCUCUCUGGGCGAGGUUCUCCUCUGGACUUGGCGUCCACCACCGCCCCGGUCCCACAGGCCGCGGCCUUGGCGCCCGGUAGCAAGCCGCUUUCCUUCAGGAAGCCCCCGGUGUCCAGAUCGGUCCCGUCGGUCACCUCUGUCCCGAACACCACUUCAGCAGGGCUGCAGUUCCCCGCCGGCAGAGCCCCCACUACUGGGCCGCCGGCCUGCGCUCCGCUGACGCCGUUGGAACAAACAGAUGCAGCCCUGAAACCCGACGUGGACCUUCUGCUCCGAGAAAUGCAGCUGCUCAAAGGUCUUCUCAGCCAGGUGGUCCUGGAAUUAAAGGAGCCACAGGCCUUCCCGGAGCACAGGGAAACACUUGAGACCUCCUCUUCCCACUUUGCUGUGAGCCGGGGAACCCCGGAAACCACUACUGUGGAGAGCUGAGAGAGAGAGGUGGCUAUUGUCCCCUCUCCAGGUGCAUUCACCCCUGGACCCCCUGCUUCCCCUCACGGGCAGACCUUCCAAAGCCAUCUGCAUCUGUUGUCUUGAUGUGGUUUCUAAAGAAGCGUGCAUAAAGUAUGGUGAUUGUUAUGUCACUCUCACCUAGCACAUUUGAGCAGUUUGUAACCAUAAGGCCCUCCCUCUAAUCUCCUCCUUCCCCUCAGAUUUCAGUAAGGAAGUAGAAACCUGCUAUUUACUACUUUGAGGUUUUUGUUUGGAAGUGAAUUUAGUCAUCCUCAUCUUUUCAUGCAAGCCCACCCAACACAGAUUUUUAGCACAGGCAAUUUUUCGGUACUUAAAGUCACUGAGGUAACUGAGUCCUUUGGAAUAUUUAAGGGUCUAGUUGUAAUUAUUUGUCAUGAAUUUAAUGUUACCUUUAAAAA